AUGGCGACAAUCCAACGCCGACUUCUCCACCAAACCCUCCGUUCCCUUAGCCAUGAAAACCCUCUUGGCCUGCCGCGGACCGGCUCGAUCCCGCGGAUGCAGCGCGGCCUUCCGGAGCGGCGCAAGAUCAAAGACGUCGCCAAGGUAGUUGCCGUAUCCUCGGCCAAAGGCGGCGUGGGAAAGAGCACCGUAGCAGCGAACCUGUCUCUAGCCUUCGCUCGGAUGGGCCACCGUUCCGGGAUUCUCGAUGCUGAUAUUUUCGGGCCUUCCAUACCGACGCUCUUCGAUUUGAGUGGAGAGCCGCGGUUAUCAUCGAAUAACCAACUCCUGCCGAUGUCGAAUUAUGGCGUCAAGACCAUGUCGAUGGGAUAUCUAGUCGGCGAGGACGCUCCCGUCGUGUGGCGCGGUCUCAUGGUCAUGAAGGCUUUACAACAGCUACUCCAUGAGGUUGACUGGGGCGGUCUAGACAUUCUCGUGCUGGAUUUGCCGCCGGGCACAGGUGAUACACAACUCAGUGUCACGCAACAAAUCGUGCUUGAUGGUUCCGUUAUCGUCACCACGCCGCACACUCUAGCAGUGAAGGAUGCGGUGAAGGGAAUUAAUAUGUUUAAAAAGGUCGAUGUACCCUUGCUCGGCCUUGUUCAGAAUAUGUCCCUCUUUAAUUGUCCACACUGCCAUCACGAUACAGCAAUAUUCGGAUCUAAUGAACGCGUUCAGGAAAUCUGUAAGGACUAUUCUAUAGAUCUACUUGGUGAUAUCCCAUUACAUCAAAAUAUUGGAGAUGAUGGCCAAAGAGGGAAACCAACUGUCACUUCUGAGCCCGAUAGUCAGAGAUCACAGGCUUUCAUGGAUAUUGCGAAGCUAGUAGGGUCAAAGAUAGGGUUGUAA